AUGCUGAGAUUGUCAAAUAACGUGUUUAAAUUAGCCUUACGUACAUAUUUGUUAUCAUCGGUAAUAUUAUUACUGACGAAAGAAUCUUGUGCAAAUCGUAUUACGUAUGAACGUUGCCCAACAGUUUGUCACUGCUUGGAUACACAUGUCGAUUGUAGUCGACGUUCGCUCGCCUCCAUACCGGUUAUGUUACCAUCAUGGACGACAGUUUUGUUCGUUACUUCUUUGAAGAGAUAUUUCAGAGAAUUGCAAGGUAACGAAAUUACUGAACUGUUACCAACUGCAUUCAUUGGUCUUGAUCAUCUUAUAUCAAUAGAUUUGAGCGAUAAUCACAUUCAGUCGUUUUCACGACUUGUUUUCGCUUAUACACCACAUUUGCAAACGUUAAUUUUACGUAAAAAUCGCCUCUCAUCAGUGCCACUUGGUAUUGAAUCACUCAACUCAUUGCAUCGACUUGAUCUUAAAGGAAACGAUAUAUCAAAUUUAACAUCCAUUGAUAUAUCACGAUUGGCUAGAAUUGAUAUUGUUGACUUAGCGAGAAAUUCAAUUCGAGAACUACCUCAAGAAGUGUUUAUCAAUCAUGCCGAAUCAAAAAUUACAAGGCUAGACUUGAGUAAUAAUGCACUGUCGAUACUGCGUCCACGUUCAUUUUCAUCGUUGUAUACGCUAAGAAUUUUGCGUUUAUCUCGGAAUAAGAUUCAUACAGUCGAAAAGAACGCUUUCGAUGGUUUAAUAUCACUUCGAUCACUGGAUAUAAGUCGGAAUCGAUUAACACGAAUUCGUGCGCUGACAUUCAAUUCAUUAAUAUCGCUACAGAAUUUAACAAUAUCACGCAAUUUGAUCUCAACGCUUGAGGAUGGUGCAUUCUGGGGUGUGGAACAGUUGCAGCGAUUGAUUAUCGCUGAUAAUCGUUUAACAGCCAUCACUGGUGGUUGGUUGUAUGGAAUGUUAUCAUUAAUUUAUUUAGAUUUAAGUUCGAAUUCAGUGAGUUGGAUUGAGCCGUCGGUGUGGUCGUUGUGUUCGACAAUCGAAUGGCUAUCGUUAGCAUCGAAUCGUUUACGUUCUCUGCAAUCACUUCUAUUCAAGAAAUUAUCACGAUUACAGUAUCUUUCGUUAGCAUACAAUCAUAUCGAUGUGCUUCAUAAGAGUGCGAUGAGUGGCCUGGAUACGCUUGCUUCACUAGAUCUGUCCGGGAAUGGUUUAGCAGUGUGUGUCGAAGAUGGUUCAGUGCUAUCGAAUAGUUCUUUACCAGCGUUACACACUCUAAAAUUUGCGUCGAAUCGUGUACGUAUCAUUCCAUUACGUGCAUUUCACAACUUUCCGUCACUACAAUAUUUGGAUUUAAGUGAUAAUCCAAUUGCAUCCAUACAAGAAGGAGCUUUUGAACCACUACAUUUGAAGCAAUUAUUGAUGAAUACAUCCUCUUUGGUGUGUGAUUGUGAGUUGAAGUGGUUUUCAAAUUGGUUAUUUACAUCCGGUUUAAGUCGAACUACAAUAUCGACAAUUUGCUUACAUCCAUCGCCAUUACAAGGCAUUGAUGUGGCUCUUAUAGACACCUCGAAUCUUACAUGUGUAGACAAUUCGCCACGACCUCGACUCGUCAAUCAGCCGAGCGUUGAGACGAAAGCGUUGCUCGGUUCGGAGGUACGAUUAGAGUGUACCGGGUAUGGUGCGUCGCCGUUGGAAAUGAGUUGGAAGGUGAUGCGAAAUGGUCGUUCGCAUAUUCUGACCAAUGAUGCGACAACUGAAUUCAUUUUCAAUCGUUCACUCACCACUAACGGGUCGUUGUCGUUAAGUGGUAUUGGAACAGCAGAUGAAGGACGAGGUGAUUUUGCAGUGGAAUAUUUGCAUAGUGAAGUGCGUUUGAGUGAGAUCGCGUUUAGUGAUGAGGCUGAAUAUCAGUGUAUUGUACGAAAUCAUUAUGGUUCUGCAUAUUCAUUACGUGCUAGGAUUGUCGUUAUGCAGAAGCCAUACAUUGUUGCGUCACCGUCAAACGUGUCGAUUUUGCGUGGUGGCAACGUCAAAUUAAGAUGUUCAGCUAGAGGUGUACCGUUGCCAGUUAUAAAAUGGCAAAAAGACGGUGGUAAUGAAUUUCCGGCUGCUGUCGAACGUCGAUUGCACGUGAAGGCAAAUGAUGAUAAUUUGUAUAUGGUGAAUGUAACGCUGAAAGAUGCCGGUUUAUACACGUGUUUAGUGAGUAAUGAGGCUGGACAAGCACAAGGUUCCGCGUAUCUGAACGUUUUCGAUGUGGACUUCGAUACACGCUUCGACGAACAGAAUGUACAAACUUCGUCGACGGUACUUUUCAACUGUUCAACGACGCAUAUGAAACCACCGCUGUCGAUCGUUUGGUAUCAUAAUGAACAACAAAUUGAGCCACGAACUGCUCCGUCACGUUUCGUUUUUAUGUUGAAUCAACAAGUUCUCGUCAUUACUGAGGUUCGCGCAUCGGACAGUGGUUUGUACUCGUGUGAGUUGAUGGUUGGUAAUGAUAUGCUAUCGCGACAAACGUCAAAACUGAUUGUUGAUCAAAGCGCUGAAGACAAUUCGAAGAAACGUCUUGACGAGUUCGAUUCCAGGCAGCCGAAACAGCAAGAGCAUUUCUUACUGCUGGUCAUCUUAUUCGCGUUCAUAGUUUUCGUUUCACUUGUCACCGUGGUUGCACUCGCUUGUACACUUCUCAUUUGUUGUACUAGCAGAAGUCGCAAUCCGAAACGAUCAUCCUCAUAUCGUACUGUGAAGGUAAGUUAA